AUGGCUCUCUCGCUUAGUGACCCGGCUCGUGAGUGGCUCAACAAGUUGAUGAAUAAAGAUGCUCAAUUCAGGGAUAUGGCGUCAAAAAUAGGUUAUAAUCGAAAUGACAUACCCACUGUUAGCGGUAUCCUUGACACGGACUAUGCCAUCUCUCAGGUCAAUGUGGGUGGGCAACUUGAGUUCGAGAAGACAACAGCCAUUCCACCUGAACUUCUGGAGCGAUUGAGUGGUGUAAAACAGUGUUGCCGCAUGGGAAUAUUUCCACAAUGUCGAAAAGCCUGGCUUACGGUUGACGCAGAAUUCUUUCUUUGGAACUUCGAAGAUGGGGAAGACCUAGCUUUUUAUGACGGAUGCCAAGAUGUUAUCAUCUCGGUCUCUUUACUGCGUUCUAAGCCGGGUUUCUUACCUUCAACCAUUGAAUAUCUACUAGCACUGGCAACGCCAUCUAACCUUAUUAUUUUGGGAGUCACAUAUGAUUACACUACAUCUCAAUGCAGUUAUUAUUACAAUGGAAUAUUUAAUGUUCUACCUACUCCGCUUUAUUUGGUAUCCACUGAACACUAUUACAUUACUUGCAUGGAGAGUACCUCUAAUGGGCGGCUCUUCAUGGGGGAUCGCGAGGGAAAUCUAUUGGAGUGCAUAUAUAAGCCUAUUCAAGCACUGAAUGACAGUAUGUCGGGUCAAGCAUUGGCUCCAAACGGCAUGUGCAGUAUCACCAAUCAUACCGCGUCUUCGCUUAAUUACUUCCUUCCCACCAUCCUGACUAACGGAUUCCGUUCUUCAGGUGCCAUUACUCGGAUUUCAGUUGAUUCAAGGCGGGGCUUACUGUGGACGCUGUCAGCUAAUUCUCAUCUGACCGUUUACCAGUAUGACAUUCCUGGCACAAAAACCGACACUAACUACCUAUCGAAAAUUGCGAGUCUUACGGCCUCCGAUUUGGCCCAUAGAGCUGCAUCAAUUGUUCGGUCGGUUGAUCGGAGCCAGUUUUCCAGGAUUAUAUCAAUCUAUGCAUUGUCCGAUGAAUCUGGUCCGAUUCAGAUGAUGGCAGUCAACGCCUCUGGGAUUCGCAUCUACUUCGCCGAAGGCCUUCGUAUUGCCCAUAUCCGUUUGCCUCCACGUGUCCCCUUGGAUUCCAGAGCUCCAGAACCCUCGAUACUGCCUCAAAAACAGCAACAACAACAACAACAACAACUGCCUUUUCAAUCCGUUCUUGGUGAAGUCAGGCUGGUAGCUGAGACGCGAGGGACAGUGAUUUUUGCCUCAAUUCUACCAAAACCAGUUACUACUGACUCUCCAUCGGAGCCAACAAACACAUUAACUCUCAGCGUGACCUCUCCAGAUCCCUUCCCGUGGUCUCCAUGUCUGUCGGAGACGGUGACCGCUUCAUUGAAUGUUGAAUCUCCUUGGGCGCUGACGGUGCUCCCUCCUGACGACAGCGGUGGUACAUUUGGCAAUCCCAACGACCUCGUCUCCUCGACCAGUUUUAAUAAGAAGGGCAUUGAGCUGCCUCAUGAAUCAUCAGGAUCCUCUCAAUCCGAUCCUCAGCAAACAGUUCUUGGCGGAGUGUCUUGUACUCAGCCACAGCAGCAGUCGUCUCCACCACAGCCGCCGUAUCCAAAGGGCUCACCUCCAGUAAUGUUAACGCAACACUUGGAUCCAAAUUACCGUCGAGUGUUGGUUAUCACAGCUCAUGGUAUCGUACACCUUCGUUUGCCUUCUCCGCUGCAGAGGCUACGCGAGUUUCUCGCCUCUUCUGGUGCUGUUCCUUCUACAACCGAUGGCACUACCUCCUUAGAGACUGCGGACAAAAACUUCUUGAGCACAUUUCUGCACCAAUUUGGUCCAGAGGAGUCUAUCUGCGCCUCCAUCGCCAUUGCAGCCUCUGAGCAAGGAAAAACUGAUGUAGUUGCUCAUGCCGAAAGAGCAGUGAUAUAUUUCGCUACGGAGGCUGCACGCUUUUGGCAGCCCCCGGUCAUCUGCCACGGUGCUGCCUCAGCUACGGCGCCGUCUUUGGGCGGUAUGGUGGCGAUGGGGUCAAUGACAUCGUUGCCGGAGUUGAGACUAAUGGGAUCGUUGGGUCAGCAGGAGGCGAUGGCAGACACCUUCUUAGUGCUCGGCGCCUCCCUUUUCCUCUCACGGGUCUCACGUCCCCUUUGGCGUGCUCCAAUGCUUGCGGUGGCUGACAGGACUAUGCCUGGACUUGCCUCCACCACCCACAGGCCUGAGAGUGUGUCAGGUGGUCUGACUAGUAUAUUCUACACUUUCAUCUCCACCGCCAUUGCUAAGGCCACUGCUUCUACCGCUAGUGCCACAACCAAAGACUCUAUCAUCAUAACCUCGCGCUUGAAUUCAGAUGAUCUUGGAUGGGUUAUGCACCAGCUGCGCUACCUUAAAGCUCUCCUCGAGUCGUCUAGCCAGAAGUCAUCUAUAUCGUCGACAUCCUUAUUCCUUGGUGGACGUCGGGGUGGUCCGACUGAGUCUACCCUCUCGCCUUUGGUGCGUCUUACGCAGGAUCUUUGUCUCCUUCUAUCCGCUUUUAUUGAAUUCGUUGGCCUCUGGCAGAUAAUUGCUCAACAUAACGUUCACGCCAUUACCAGUCAGCUCAGUGCGGAGCAACGCACGGACCUUAUCAGUCUACCGGUGGAGGCCUUCGUAUGCUGGAUGCCCCGCACAGCAGCCGUACCUUCAUUCACUACCUCCACACCUGAUAUUCGUUCGGCACUUAUUACCGCUCUGAUUGAGUACUAUAUGUCAGGUCAGUGUCAGACGGCCUCCGUGGAAACACUCUGCGCUCGUUUGCGCAGUGUCUGUCCUAACCUCUUCGGCAACGAGGACGCACUCUGUGCUCGUGCAGAGGAACUUCUGAUGCGCGCUGCAGCGCUAACUACUUCAGAAAAGCAUCGGGAGGAGCUGAUCAAAGAAGCUGUGGAUCUUCUACACUCUGCAGGUCCUUCGCUCAACAUCGCGGUGGCUGUAAGCAAACUCGUUAGCACGGUAGGUGCCUGGGGUGCCGCCAUCCGUCUUUGCCUUUCCAUCGCUCGACAACGGGACCCUCUGGACUUGGCACUGGCGUGUCUGCGUGAAUCGCGCCAACCAGAGGCAGAGGCUUCGAUGUCUUUACUCAUCGGAAAACCUUCUCACAUUUCUUCUAAGUCAGAAGUUGAAGUGGUGGAGAGCCGCUAUGAUGCGUAUCGCGCGGCACUAGGCUGCCUUAGCAGUCUUCUCGAGUUGGCUUGCCUUCCCACCUCCGCUUCACGCAUUCCGGAGCCAGAAUCGGAGAUACAGGCAGAGCCAUCUAGUGUCAUCCUUCAAAGUGUCGGCGUCAAUCCUACUAUGGAAGUCGUCCGACGUACUCUUUGGGCCAUCCUAAAAUUUAUCUUUAAAUCGGAUGACAUGUUGGUCCACUUUGAGGUAAUUGCGUGGCUCCUAUCCAAUGGCUUAUUGGAGCAGGUUGUGGAGUUGAACUCGCCUUAUCUAGAAAUGUACCUUCAGUCACAUCUGUGUCAGGCGCCCAAUGACGUGGCACUGCGUCGUCUCCUCUGGCGCCAACUAGAGGCUCGCGGUGCUCAUCGGGAGGCCGCGCAGGUUCUCGAGCACCUAGCCACAACUGUGGGUGCCGGAGAGGGUCUUACUAUUGAGGACCGCCUUGACUACCUCGCUCGUGCUAUUGUCUCUGUCAGAGCUCUUCCUCAGUCACAGUUGGCGGAAGCCUCGGACUACUUAUCAGACUUGCAGGAUCGUCUAGAAGUUGCAGAGUUGCAGCGCCACUUGUGUAUCGAGCUAACAGCUACGGGCACUAAUGCCUCUGUCUCUACCAGUACGACCUUCUCUCACACUGAGGUACAACAAGCCCUCACCGAACUCACGCGGGGUCCCCUCCUUCCUGCCUCCGAGCUUUUUGCUUGCUACGCUGACCCUUUCGAGCUUCACGAAUCAAAGCUCUUGCUUCUCCAUUUCGCUGGCGAGGCGGAUGACGACCUUAUAGAAGCUGUCUGGAUGGCUCUUUUGCAUCGUCUCCUUUGCGGUACUGGUAACGGUAGUGGUGGUGGUUCACAGUUGAAUUCUCCUAUUCAAACUCGUCGAAAGCAUCUCCCCACAAACCGAAUGACAGCUAGAGGUCUGGAGUUGACCAUUUCCACCUGCCUCAGUCGACUCUACACUCGUCUGGCGGUGGCACCUGUGAGUCCCUCACCCAAUGCAGCAGCUUCCACCACGGUCGUGCCUCUCUAUGCACCUCAUGCCGUUGAUUACACCUUUUUCCCGCUUACAGUGAUCAUCUCUACGUUGGAACGCUACUCCAUUCAACAAUCGCUACCCUCUAACUGGGUCCCUUCUAUCUUCUCCGAUGCAAAGAUACCCUCUAGCCCGGAAAUUGCUGAGGCUUAUAAUGUUAUUCUUUGCAGGAAGGAUCCGUUUUGGAUGCGCGAUUCCGUUCGUUCACAUCUAAUGGAAGCCGUCUACGUCUUUAUCGUGGAAUUUAUUGAGAAUGCCAAUCGCCUGUCACCGAGACAGAGGCAAUUGCAAGGUAGUCGAAUGCUGGAUCACUUAACCUCACAUCUGGUAGAGCUACACGCAGAACCAAAAGCGGGAAGUGGUGACCUUGGCAGUGGGGUUCAAGGUCUGCACCAGCAGCACUUAGAGCUUGUGGAAAAACUAAUAGGACUCAGGCGACACCUCGACCGAAUGGUCUCGAUAGCAAGUCCCUAG